GAAGUCCGGACAACAGAAUUGGCUGAAGAGGAGGCCCGAGGCGGAGGAGGCUCGGGCCCCAGCGGAGGCGAUGGCGGAGAGGCCGGAGGACCUAAAUUUGCCCAACGCCGUCAUUACCAGGAUCAUCAAGGAGGCGCUCCCGGACGGCGUCAACAUCUCCAAGGAGGCCCGGAGCGCCAUCUCCCGCGCCGCCAGUGUCUUCGUUCUGUAUGCCACAUCCUGUGCGAAUAACUUUGCAAUGAAAGGGAAGCGCAAGACUCUGAAUGCCAGCGAUGUGCUGUCAGCCAUGGAAGAGAUGGAGUUCCAGCGGUUCAUUACACCAUUGAAAGAAGCUCUAGAAGCAUACAGGCGGGAGCAGAAAGGCAAGAAGGAAGCCUCUGAGCAAAAGAAGAAGGACAAAGACAAAAAAACAGAUUCAGAAGAGCAAGACAAAAGCAGGGAGGAAGAUGAUGAAGAUGAAGAAAGACUAGAUGAGGAAGAACAGAAUGAAGAGGAGGAAGUAGACAACUGAAUGGAGAGAGUGGGCAGACUGGCACGGUGGAAUUGACCGCCGAGAUGUGUUUAUGUGAAGCCCCUCCCUGCAAGGCAGAGCCAUCUGCACAGGUGCCUGAGAUCAAAAUAAAAACUGACCAGAAAGAUCAAAGCCUGCUCUUCCCAGACACAGCAUCUGAGUUCCAGAAUCCUGUUUUGCUUCACCAGUCGAGGUUCUGACAUUUUAGUGUAAGGGAUUCUGAAUGACUACAUAGUUUGCUAUUGCUUGUUUGCUUAAGUAUAUGGCUGGCUAACUAGCUUUUCAUCCCAUUUCCCUGCCCCUCCAAAAAAAGUAAUAACUUCCAUGUUGCCUGCUGUUUUCCAAGUCACAGAGGCACUAAAGGCUCAGGGAGGAAAAAAUGGGGCUUUGAUCAUGGUCACCCUGUUUGAUUGUACAGUAUUGGGCAAUAGGUAUUAAUGGUCAGAAUGGUUGCUUUUUAGGAAAUAACUAAAAAGCUGUGGGAAAAUAAGGAAAUCUCUUUACUUGAUAGUAGCAUUACUUGCUUGGGUUCUUGUUUUCUAGACUUAAUUAGCUUGUAGUCCUUUGUUGACUGCAGAUAUUCAGCCUGCUGGGAUGGCUGCACCCCUAUGAAAUACACUCCAGUUCUCAGUGUUCUUCACUGGAAUCUGUCAGUGUUCACUGGAAUCUGUCAAAAAGGUGCCAAUUCUUAAAACCAGGGGGCUUAAUCCUGGAGGUAACUCAGUGCCUGCCACUGUAGGAUUUAGUGCCAGCUCCUGAAAGGUAUAAAAUUCCAGAUUCUCUCUUCUUUACUCCAUCUUCCAGACUUGUGGCUGCUGCUUUUCAUUCCCUGAACUCAUGACAAGUUCCAGAGACUUUAUUAAAUCCAGGCACAGCUUUUUCUCUCCAUCUCUCCUGCAUCUGCUUCCCAGGGCCACUUUCUCCUCCUUUUCCUUAUUUCAUCUUCCAGUCUAGGAACUUUGAUAAGCUAUGUAAUGUCCCAAAGUGCAAGUUCCUCAGAUUCCUUAGUUAUGUGCAACACCUCUGAACCUUAAGGUAAGUGUUAAGGUUGCUCAGGAAUCUAGCACCACCGCUGUAAGCUUUGAAUAUGUUGGCUCGUCCUUUUCCCCAUUUAGUGCUCCAAGCACUUUCUUUGUCUUAGUUGAGCACUUGAGGUGGACAGGUAAUGUAAUAUAGAAUUAGACACUGUUAACCAGUCGAACAUAGUGAAGGACUGGAGACUGUUGAGAAGAUUUAAUGCUUUAUACAAAUAAAGAACAUUCUUGUUUAAAA